AUGAAAGAUGUGAUUGGAGAGGUGGUGAAUGAAGCUCAAUCAGGGUUUAUCCCAGGGAGGCAUAUUUCUGACAAUAUCCUAUUAGCUACAGAGCUUAUUAGAGGGUAUACUAGGAAAUAUAUGUCUCCUAGAUGCAUUAUGAAAGUGGAUAUUAAGAAAGCCUAUGAUUCAGUAGAAUGGUCUUAUCUGGAAACAUUACUGAAAGAAUUUGGGUUCCCUAAUGUGUUUACUGGGUGGAUAAUGGAGUGUGUUUCUACUGUAUCUUAUAGUGUUCUGGUGAAUGAUGAUUUGUUGAUGCUUUGUAGAGCUGAUAGGAGCUCCCUGGAGUAUAUGGUUAAUGCUUUCCAAAAGUUCUCAGAAGCUUCUGGCUUAUCUAUUAGUCAAGAGAAGAGUAAUGUGUAUUUCUGUGGGGUGCAUGAUAACACAGCAAAGGAUUUAGCUGAUAGUAUACAAAUGCAGGUAGGGGAGCUCCCUUUCAGAUAUCUAGGGAUCCCUCUCACUUCAAAGAAACUCACAACAGCUCAAUGUAAGCCUUUGGUGGAGAGGAUCACUAGUAGGGCUCAAACUUGGUUGGCUAAUUUGCUAUCUUAUGCAGGGAGGCUUCAAUUGAUAAAGAGUAUACUUAGUAGUAUGCAAAACUACUGGGCUCAUAUAUUCCCUCUCUCAAAGGCAAUCAUUCAUGCUGUAGAGAAGGUCUGUAGAAGAUUCCUUUGGACUGGUAAGACUGCAGAGUCCAACAAAGCUCCUGUUGCUUGGGAUACCAUUCAACUCCAAAGAGUGGAGGGGAUGGAAUGUUAUCAACAUGGUUAA